UGUUAUACAAUGUUGCCUAGGGCUAUCGAGGGCCUAUCUUGGAUAGUAUAUAAGUCGAUGGUCAGCCCAGUCCCAGCACACAGCUCUCCAGUUCCUCAGCUUUGCUCAAGUCUCCAGAAGAGAACCCGAGAAAAUCCUUCAUCAUGUACAAAUUGAUCGUCCUCGCUACCGUCUUGGCUGUCUGCUCCGCUACUGUGGUGCUUCCAACAGCCCUGCACUACGUCGCCCCCUAUUCCUCCUCCAGGGUCUCCAAGUAUGAAUGGGAGCACCACCCCGUCAACUACGUGGUCCCUGCAGUGGCCCCCGUAGCCCCCGUCGUCACCUACAGCCAUAAGACCUACGUCCACUCCGCCCCUCUUCUCCACGCCGCCCCACUCGUUCAUACUGUCCACACUGCUCCCGUAGUCCACACCGCUCCUCUGUUCGCCGCAGCCCCAGUGGUUAGCCACAGCUCUACUACCAUCCUAGCUAACAAGAAAGCAUAAAAAGGAGAAUCCUUUGGACUUCAAAUAGCUGAAGUCUACAAGAGGCGGUCUCUUAAGGAAUGCGACAUUUGAUAUACACGGAAAAUGUUUUUGGAUUCUUCUUCUCCAUUUGGCUCGGAGACAACUUUUUGUGUACUUUAUUUUAUGAUUUUCUUUGAAUAAAUGUUUCGUUUUUUCCAUAAA